AUGACCACCUCCUUCACCGAGUUAAACAAGUGCGAUAUUCGGCCACUUUUGCAGUUGAAUGACCAGCUACGCCGGUUUGCAGUCGCCGAGACUGAUGUCAACGUCACAUCAAUCGUGGCUGUGGGCGACCAGAGCCAUGGCAAAGCAUCGGUAUUCGAGGCACUCGCUGGCGUCGAAUUAGCCAGAGGCGAAGGUGUACAAACCCGUUUGCCUCUUGAAUUAAGGCUUCGGUCUCUGGGUGCGAAAUGCGAGCGUGAUGAGUGUGCGACCAUAAAAAACCAGGACUCUCCUGAGAAACGCAUACUCAUCGAUGAAAUUGCAGCUGGGGUUCGAAACCACCCAAACACUAUAGCUGGGGAAUCGGAUGUUGUAGAUUCAGUACUUGAACUCACUGUCUAUCGAAGGGAUGCUGAUGAUUUGACUUUAAUUGAUCUUCUUGGUAUGACACGAGUUCCUGUGCAUGGACAAAGCAAGGAUGUCGAGGCCGUUAUCACACGGAUAUAUGAUAGAUACAUGUAA